UAAAACCAUAACCAAAGACGCUUAUAUCAACAAUUUUCAUCUCUGUCAUCAAUUUUUGUAAAAGAACAAAAUACACGUCUUGAUUAUCUUUGAGGAGAACACAAGCCAUGGAUUCUUUAAGAGGGCAAGGUGGGAUUCAGAUGCUUUUAACUGCUGAGCAAGAAGCCGGCCGGAUCGUUUCAGCUGCUAGGACCGCAAAACUUGCAAGAAUGAAGCAAGCAAAAGACGAGGCUGAGAAGGAGAUGGAAGAGUAUCGGUCCCGUCUAGAAGAAGAGUAUCAGACACAAAUUUCUGGGACGGAACAAGAAGCAGCUGCAAAACGUUUAGAAGAAGAGACAGAUGGCAGGAUUCAGAACCUUAAGGAAUCUAGUUCGUGUUACAAAAAAAAAAAAGGAAUCUAGUUCAAAGGUCUCAAAGGAGAUUGUGAAGAUGCUCAUCAAGUAUGUUACCACUACUGGAACAUGAUGCUCAAUGUAUACACUCACCCCCCGUUGAAAGUAGUGGCUCGAAUAAAAAAUAAUGCGCCCGUUCUGUUUUAUUAUUCACAAUGUCUGAUGAAAAAAGUUAUUUUGUUCAACCGUCUAAUAAUAUUUAUCUUAACAACAACAAAA